CUUCGUAGUAGCUGUACUCCUGUAGCGCCGCCUGCCACGCGUGCCGCAUGUGGUCCUCAUGUCCUCUCCUGCUGUCGACAUCAAGCUUGGCUGCAAGAUCGUCGAGAAAGGCAGCCACAUCGCCAUGGCGAGGGGUGAGUAGGGGGCAUCGUCCGCACUCCAGUCCCAGUCUUCCGCGGGCACAUGCUCCUCAUACGGAGGCUGCACGGCCUAUUCAUGAGGCUCAGACAUGGGCGAGUCACCGUGGAAGACGGGGUAGACGCCCGUGACGCCCGGGAGGCUUCCCGCUCUUGCCGCUGCAUGCAGUGCUGUGUCACCAGCAUGGUUCUGGUGCGUGUACAGAACCCACAGCAGCCGCGCCGUACUCGGCAUCACCACAGUGCCGAAGCUGGUGGGGAUGGCAUUAAUGAAAGAAACAUUGCGGGCGGCGGCGGCGCGGUGCAGCGCCGAGUCGCCAGUGGCCGGAUCGGUGAAGGAGGCUAGCAGGGCGUUACCUUGGAAAUAGCUUGGCUCAGCGCCCGUUGUAGCUGCGCAAGCCAGCAGGUGUCUCCUCCUCGAGGAGCUGGCCAUUCAAAGUGUAGGGCCACUGGUACGCGUCAUGGGCAGGAUUGGCCUCGGCUCAAGCGGCGGCCGUCAGGGAUGCGGGCUGCAGCCCAGGUAUAAGAUAAAAUGGGUAUGGAAGAGGAAGGAGGUCGCAGGCCAGGGUAAAAACUGUGAACGAACUCCUGGAACCACAUUCAGCCGUGUAUGGGCGUAUAUGGCUCGCCCGUGGGCGCUUCGACCUGAAAGGUGGCACUGGGAAGGGGUGAAUGAGGUUGGUGGUGAGUUCCGCGCCGCACCCCUGGUCAACAAUGUUAUCUCGUUUAGACUUCCGGGUCCAGAAACAAUAAAGGCGGAAGAGCGAAGUGUGCUGUGGGCGGAGCCGAGAUUCUCUUUGCUGUCUUUCUUGUUUAUGGGUAUUGCAGAAUUACCUAUACUAUCCUGCAGUAAGGACGAGUUCGGCGAUCCCCGCCCUUACCCUCUUGCAGGGCUCCUGAUGUGGCCGAGGAGAUCUUGAUGAGCCCAGCAGCAGGGCAAGCUCCGGCCAUAGUAGCAUUGAAGACACUGACCAGCCUAUAAGCGGCGCACCAUCCCUUCUGUGUCUGCCUUGUCUGCAAUGACCACCAAUAUCCGCCGGUAAAGAAUGUAAACUGACUAUUUGUCACUGUCUCAAAUCGGGGG